CUCUACGCAUUGUCCUCGAUCCUCGACGAAAACCCGACGCCCCCUUCCCCAAAAGUCGUCACUUCCUCUUCGCCCACGUUCUCCUUUAACUGGGCCUUCCUACGUUACUUGCCUGUGGUGGCACCUGCAUCUUUCUCAACCCGCCGGCCAACUUGUCGCCGAUAUUUCACAACCCCAACAUACACACUCUCGUUUCACACAACGAUAUGGCCGAUUCACUUGCGGAUCAAUUCAAGGGCACAACAUUGAGCGAUGGCCCAUCGCCGGAUGACUGGAAAAAGGACCUGAAGGUUCCAGCAAAGGAUACCAGGCAGCAAACCGAGGAUGUUACGAACACGAAAGGCCUGGAGUUUGAGAACUUCCAGCUCAAGAGGGAUCUAUUGAUGGGUAUAUUCGAGGCCGGAUUCGAGCGGCCUUCCCCCAUCCAAGAAGAAGCCAUUCCCGUUGCCCUGACUGGCCGCGACAUCUUGGCGCGUGCCAAGAACGGCACCGGCAAGACCGCCGCCUUUGUCAUCCCCGCCCUCGAGAAGAUCAACCCGAAAGUCUCCAGGAUCCAAUGUCUCAUUCUCGUCCCGACCCGCGAACUGGCCAUGCAAACCUCCCAGGUCUGCAAAACCCUGGGCAAACACCUCGGAAUUAACGUCAUGGUCACCACCGGCGGUACCGGCCUCCGCGAUGACAUUAUGCGCCUCCAGGACCCCGUGCAUAUCGUUGUCGGAACCCCAGGCAGAAUCCUCGAUCUCGCCGGGAAGAACGUGGCCGACUUGAGUGAAUGCCCCAUGUUCAUCAUGGACGAGGCGGACAAGCUCCUCUCCAUCGAGUUCACCCCUGUCAUCGAGCAACUUCUUCAAUUCCACCCCAAGGACCGCCAGGUCAUGCUCUUCUCCGCCACCUUCCCCCUGUCCGUCAAGGACUUUUCCGACAAAAACAUGGCCAACCCGUACGAGAUCAACCUCAUGGACGAGCUCACGCUCCGCGGUAUCACCCAAUACUACGCCUUCGUCGAGGAGAAGCAGAAGGUGCACUGCCUCAACACCCUCUUCUCCAAGCUCCAGAUCAACCAGUCCAUCAUCUUCUGCAACUCCACUAACAGGGUCGAGCUGCUGGCCAAGAAGAUCACCGAGCUGGGCUACUCGUGCUUCUACAGCCACGCCAAGAUGGCCCAGCAAGCCCGUAACCGCGUCUUCCACGAUUUCCGGAACGGCGUCUGCCGUAACCUCGUCUGCUCCGACCUCUUGACCAGAGGCAUCGAUAUCCAGGCCGUCAACGUCGUCAUCAACUUCGAUUUCCCCAAGAACGCCGAGACCUAUCUGCAUCGCAUCGGCCGUUCAGGACGAUACGGUCAUCUUGGCCUGGCCAUCAACCUCAUCAACUGGGAUGACCGCUUCAACCUCUACAACAUCGAGAAGGACCUCGGCACCGAGAUUCAGGCCAUUCCCGCCACCAUUGACAAGUCGCUUUACGUCUACGAGAAUCCCGAAUCCAUUCCUCGUCCCAUUUCCAACUUUAAGCCCUCGCAACCAUCCUCCUCCACCCAAGUUUCCGGCCUCGGUCCCGCUCCCAUGCUGUCUCAGCAGCAGGCCCAGACUCCAACACAACAUGCUCAAUUAGGCUCCCAACCCCCUCCCGCCAACGGCAACUGGCAACAGAACUCGAACGGCCAACAUAGCGGCCGUGGAAGGGGCCGUGGUCGAGGAGGCUACCAAGGCCAGGGACGUGGACGCGGCGGUUACCGCGGACGUGGCGGUGCCAGCCAAGGCCCGCCGCCCCAGGCGUAAAACCCCUACUCUUAUUCUUUUUCUCAUCAUUUUCGGGCGUUCGGGGUAUGAAAGAGGGGUAACGAGGUGUUUUGAUGAUCGCAUUUUUUAAUUUUUGACAUUUUCUUCUUCUUUUCGUUUCUUUCAUUCCCUUUUUCCUUUUUUCCCCCUGCUAUCCUCUUGUACAUAUUUUCUUUCCUUUUCCCCCACGGUCAGGCCG